UGGGUGUACAGUUGAAUAACUGCCUCCACAAUGAAGACAGUAGGUGUAUUUGUGGUGCUCUCGCUGGCUCUUUCUUUCCUCUCAGGUGUUGACAGUGACAGUGGAAGUGAGGUCAAUUGUGAAAGAUAUCUAAGGGUUCCGAGACCUGGUGGUGUAACACUAGCUUGCCCAAGCAUCUUUCUCCAAAUCUGUGGCACAGAUGGCAGAACUUAUACCAGUGAAUGCAAGAUUUGCCAACACAACCUAGAAGCUGAUGACAAUGUUGGCAGGAUGCAUUAUGGAGCUUGCAAGAGGAAAUAAUGAGGAGACUCUUACCUUCCAGCAUUUCAGAGAAUGUUAAGUGCUGAUUGAUUAUCCAGGAAUCAUAUAAUCAUAUAACAAUGAAUGGAACUUCCUAGUCUAAUCUCCCUGCUACAUCUCAGGACCAUUCACCCACUAGACCCUCAUAGAUCAACUAUGCAAGCAGCAAUAAUGAAAGAAGACUAGAAUCCAAGGAUUCAUGUGUCAUCUUACAUCUGUAUAUGGGGGCUUUUCAGACUCUCAACCAACGACAGUCUCCCCAGCUCCCCAAAAAGAUGAUUGAAGGUCAUUAUAAUCUCAUUAGGGUAUAAAAAUCUACUUCCAGAAAAGACCAUCAGGAAUGUCAUGUACACACAUAAAAAUGCUUUGCGUACACAUGCUGACCUCUUUGGAUCCUAGUCAAAGAUACUUGUUCAAAAUAUUGGUUUUCAAAUGCUAACUUGUGUACUUUCUGAUCAUCCAACAUUACAAUUUGAGUCGUAUUUAAUAGUGUCUUUCCAAUGACAGAAGGCUCUUUAACCCAGUAGAGGCUUCCAUCAGCAAAACAGGAAAUGAAUGCCAAUUUUUUCAACCUCCCACCUCACCCUGCAACUCCCAUCACACACACACUCACACACAAGUAUCUGCUCCAGGAGGUUAGGAGAGGUAGCAAAAAGGCUGCAAGGUGGAGUCUGAAUCUUAAAAUAUCUCCUCCCCUCCCAUUCCACAAUGUUGGAUCGAAGAGUCUUCCAUCAGCAGAGGAACAACAUUGGAUACGCACCUUUACAUUUUGUUUUGUGUGAACAAUGAUCUCAUAUUCAGAUUUUGCUCCAAGAUUUUGCUACUGAUCUGCUGUCAUUUACAGAUAACCCACAAUAUUACCUUAAUGAUUUUUGACAGUUCUUUCCCCUAUGUUUGCUCGUUCCAUAAUAA